UCAGCGACGAUCGACUGUCUCGGGUGUUGUUCCCGACGCUAAUCGCCUGUUGUUUUCAAAACCCGCAAAACCGGACGGUUUUGGAGAAAGAGAUGUCAACUCUAAUGCUCUCGACGUUCAUCGAGUCUACGAUCGUUGGCCGUCAGCUCCGGGCGGUCGACAGUCACGUGUCUGCGGGAGUCCGACCGCCGGCCAACUCUCUCGCCGAACAGCGCCUGGCGUUUGCGAAGUGGUUUCCGAAGAACCGCUGGAAUGAAGCAAUGGACUACUUCAAGGCCCAUACAGAGGGCGACCCAUAGGUGUCGGUGCCGUACAGACUAUUGGAUUGGCUGCUGUUUUACAGCUACCGGUGUUCUCGAAAGUCAUUUCUAUUUCUAAGAGAUUACGUGUAAAUACUAUACUAUUGUGCACUUAAUUAACAUAAAUUUUAUACAUUAAUAUAUCAUUUACUUA